AUGCCGAAGCGGCAGAUCCUCAUCCCGAUCGACGGCACGCCGCAGUCCGAGUACAUGCUCGACUGGACCCUGGAAAACUUCGCGCGCAAGGGCGACCAGAUCAACCUCAUUCACGUCAUCCCCAAGCGGUACACCGUCCCCGCGUACUACGCCUUCGACGAGUUCGUCCCGGAAGUCCCGGACCCGGAGCAAGAAGCGGAGUGGCGCGAAGACGCGAACCGAUACGUGCGCAAGCGACUUUACCCCGUUCUCGACGCUAACGAAGACGUCACGUACACCUCGGAGGUCGUCGCGUACGAGACCAGCAACGAGAGCGUCGGCGAGAUCAUCUGCGAACGCGCGAACGACGUCGACGCGUGCGCGGUGAUCAUGGCGUCGCACGGCAAAGGGCGGUUCAGGGAGUUUUUCAUCGGCAGCGUGACAAACUACUGCCUCCACAGGUGCAAGAAGCCGGUCAUCGUGUAUCGAUCCCCGCCGGCGAAGGACGCGGAGCGCACGAACGAGCACCGGACCGAGGAAGCGGAAGCUCUGCUCGCCGCGGAGGAGGAUGAAGCGAAGAUGAAGAAGGAGAAGGAAGAGGAAGAGAAAAAAGCGAAGCGCGCGGAGGAGGACGCGAAGAAGGAAGGGCACAACGCUUGA